AAAGGUUAACUUGAGAGCUGAAUUUGGGCAGUCCAAAUAUCACGGGUUGACUUCCGACGACUUUUGCUUGCAGGUUCCGCCCCUCGAUGCGGUCUUAGCUUUCUUAGGUUUAAGUGGCGGGUGCAUGCAGACCGGUGGGCCAAUCCCGAUUCUCUUGAGGCGCCCCAGCCGGCGCCGUUGCUAUUGGCUGGAGCUCUAAAAAAAACUAGAGCGGAGGUGGGUGGGGGAGGUACCUCGGUUGCUAAUAACAACGGAGGCGUCGCCGUAACUGACGUAAACCACUCGCUUCGCAUUAAGUCCCGACUAAGCUCCAAUAUUUCCUCUGGUCCUCCUCCCCUCCCCAUCCCUAUCCCAAUCCCUUGGAUCCCCACCCCCUUCCCACCCCUAAGUCAUCGGUUACAGGAGGGGGCUGGGCAGCUUUCUCCUUCCCGCCGGCCAGCUCUAAGCUCUAGUGCUUCUCCCAUCAGGUACUUAGGUCGUUCAGCCAGCGUCGAUUUAGGAAAAAGGACGGAAGCCUACCGCUUCCCCUGGGCUGCGCAUCACCUCCUGAGACUGCUGAUUAAUUGAAUAUUCUAUACUGGCAUUUGACUUUUUCCAGAAAGACCAAAUAUGCCAACAGUGGAAAGUGAAGCAAAGGCAAAAACCAAAGUCCGUUUUGAAGAAUUCUUUAGGAGUCAUGCUAAUUUAGUAGCUGAUAAAAAGAAACCCAAGAAGAAAGUUGUUAAAUCUGAAGAAAACAUUUUGCUUGAUACCUUACGGAGUAAUCAUGAUCUUACCAAAGAAACAAGAAGUGCUGAGGCAAUUAUCAACAGCACUUGUAAUCCAGAGAGGAGCCCCCGAUUCACUAAAAACAAACCAAGGGACAGAGGUUCAAUAGCUGAAAAAAUAAACAGUGAUGAUUUUGCUUUAGAACAAAACCAGCAAGUAAAGCCCAAUAAGAAGAAGAAGAAAUCAGUGCUACAAGACCAGUCUAAUAAAGAAGAAAAUACAGAAGAAGUGGAACCAGGUAGUUUUGAAAGAAAGAUUAAUCAAUCUCCAAGAAAAACAAAAAAUAAAUCAUCAUCAGAUACAUCUCUUCAAAAAAGUAAAAAGACAAAAAAUGCCUCAAAUGAAAUGAGAGACACAACUGAAUUAGAUGAGGAAGAACAGCUAAUAAAAGCAUAUGAACUCCAAGUAGCUGAAGAAGCAGCUAAUGCAAUUAGGAAGAAAAUAAGAAUGAAGCUUAAGGAACAGAUGUCUCAUUUAGUAUCUGAUAAUCAAAGCCAAGAAGAAAUAUUGAACAGUGAAGUGGAAAAAAAUAAGAAAAAGAAAAAAGUUCCAGAUAUGCUUGAAAAAGAAACAAGUGUGGCGUCCCUUGCUGAGCUGCAACAUAACGUAGAUGAAGAAAAUAUCAAAAAGAAGAAAUCAUCUGAUGAUGUACUUACUUCAGAUUUUACUCAAGGGAAUGAAAUCAAGGCAGAAGAUCAAAUUGUUGAGGAAAAUGUGGAAUGGCCAAAAGCUAAAACAAGAAAGACAAAAAAGAAAACUAAACCAGUUUCUGAAGACAAUGAAGAAAGUGGUAUUGAUAAUGUCCAAGAAACCUCAAGCCCAGAAGUUUCAAGUCAGUCCAACAUGGGGUUUGAUGAUACCCUUGUUUUGGGAGUUUAUGUCCAUCGAACUGAUCGACUUAGAACAGAUUUUAUGAUUUCUCAUCCAAUGGUAAAAAUUCAUGUGAUUGAUCAGAAUACUGGCCUGUAUGUCAAGAAAGAGCACAGAAACCGAGCAGUUUCAUCUUUUUAUGAACAAGAGAGAGUAGAGAAUGUACUUCCUAUUAUGACCCAGCCUUAUGAUUUCAAACAUUUUAAGUCAAGACUUCCAGAAUGGGAAGAACAAAUUGUAUUUAAUGAACGAUUUAGUUAUUUCCUCCAAGUAUCUGAAGAAAGCCCUAGAGUAAUUCUAUUUUUUGAGAUUCUUGAUUUCUUAAGCAUGGAUGAAGCCAAGGCCAACUCUGAGGUUCAAGUCCAGGAAAGUGGUUUUCGCAAAAUUGCAUGGGCAUUUCUCAAGCUUGUGGGGGCCAAUGGAGUUUUGAAUAUUAAUGGGAAACUCCGUCUUCAAUUAUAUUGUCCACCACCUAGGAUUAGAUCACAGUUAAAUGUCGUUGAGGUUUUUGAAUGGUGGUCAAAAUGUCCAAGGAUUCGUUAUCCAUCAACAUUAUAUGUAACCAUAAAAGGUCUGAAACUUCCUGAUCAUGUAGAUCCUUCUUUUCGUUCUAUGAUGGCACUUCAGCAGGAACAAGGUAGUACAUCAUAUUGUGAACUUCAAAAGGAGACAAGUAAAAGAGGUAAUGAACCAGUUGUAGAAGAAAAAGAAAUAAUAAAGUGGUCAAAGUUGCCUGGACAGGUUUGCCGUAUCCCAAACAAGCACCUGUUUUCACUGCAUACAGGAGACCGAGGAUGUUUUUGUAUAAAUUUCUCCCAGAAUGGAAGAAUGUUAGCAGCAGCAUGUGCAGGCCAUGAUGGGUAUCCCGUUAUUUUAUAUGAAAUCCCUUCGGGACAUUACUUGAGAGAAUUUUGUGGUCACCUCAAUAUUGUUUAUGAUCUUUGCUGGUCAAAAGAUGAUCAGCAUCUCCUUACUGCAUCCUCUGAUAGUACCGUCAGAAUGUGGAAAAUUGAAAGCCAAAGUAGAUCUGCUAUAAAGGUUUUCCCUCAUCCAUCAUUUGUCUAUACAGCCAAAUUCCACCCAGUUGCAGGAUACUUGGUAGUUACAGGAUGUUAUGAUUCUGUGAUAAGAGUAUGGAAUGGAAAAGUGAAAGAAGUUCAUGGUCAGUUAUUACAAGAAUUUGAUGGCCACAAAAGUUUUAUCAACUCUCUCUGUUUUGACACUGAAGGACUUCAUAUGUAUUCAGGAGACAGUUUAGGAUUGAUUAUUGUUUGGAAUACUUUGGUCAGAGAAAAUGAACAACAUCCAGUUCGACUUUGGAACAUAAAUAAGGAAAUUAGAGAAAAUGAUAUUAAAGGGAUUCCAAUAAGUCAUUUAGAAGUUCAUCCAAAUGGAAGACGUUUGUUAAUUCAUGCCAAAGAUAGUACUUUGAGAAUUAUGGAUCUCCGAAUGUUAUCAACAAGAAAGUAUGUAGGUGCUGCAAACUACAGAGAGAAGAUUCAUAGUACUUUAACACCAUGUGGGACUUUUCUCUUUGCUGGAAGUGAGGAUGGCAUAGCCUAUGUUUGGAACCCAGAAACAGGAGACCAAGUUGCAAUGUAUUCUGACCUUUCAUUUACCUCACCUCUUCGAGACGUUGCUUUUCAUCCACAUGAACACAUGGUGGCAUUUUGUGCAUUUGGUCAAAAUGAGCCAAUAUUGGUCUAUAUUUAUGAUUACAAAGUCGCACAGCAGCAGGCUGAAAUGGUCAAAGAUUUCAAUGGAUCACUCACUACUACUGGAACACAUAGAAAUCCACUGAUUUUUAACAAUUCUUCAGCAGCGCAAGAUACAGUGGUAUCUGCCACUGAUCAUUUUGUCAUUGAUGCUACAAUGUCUAUGAGAAUGAAGAAAGUGAAAAAGAAACUUGAAACAGUCACGGACAGCUCAAAUCUCUUGCUUCCUGCUCCAUCAUUGUUCUCACCACAUUCUAAGUUCAGGCUGUCAGACACAAUGGGCACUCAUCUGAUCCCUCAGCAUCCUUUCACUACACAGAGUGGAGCUUUCAGCCCAGUAGGAAAAUCUACACAAAUACCAUCAAGCACACUGCAAAUGAAUGAUGAUUCUUCAAUAUUAUUACCUAAAAGAAUAAGAACAGAUAGUUCAUUGCCAGGUCCAGAGACAGUAGUGGCUCUUUAUGACUACACAGCGCAUCGAUCAGAUGAGCUAACCAUCCAUCGAAGUGACAUUAUCCAAGUGUUGUACAAAGAUAAUGAUAACUGGUGGUUUGGCAGCCUCACAAAUGGACAACAAGGUUAUUUUCCAGCUAAUUAUGUGGCUGGUGAAAAACAAUAUAAGUCAUCAGAGAUAGUACAAGAAUCUUCUUCCUAUUUCUCCACUAAACAAAUUGAAGAAGAAAAGAGAUCUCUAACUCCACAAGAGAUGUCAAAGGUUCUCAGCAAGACUCAGGAUCUUAAAUUGUCUGACACACAUUUAGAUUCACCUGCAAUACAAGAAAUAAAAAAGAAGAAGAAAAGACUUCCAAAGAAUGAGAUGAUAGGAUCCAAACUAAAUGAAGUGACUUUUCAUCCUGCAGAAGUUCCAGGUGUGAAUGCUGAGAGAGAAGGUGAAUCUGGACUUGUUCUUAGAGCAGAAGCAAAGAAGAACCCCAAAAGAACUCUAAUGCCCUCAGAUAUGGCCAAGGAAAUGAAUGUAGCCUUGGAGUCUGACAGUUUAAAGCCUAUGUAAUAAUGGUAGUCCAACUCUUGGUACUUAUUAAGUGAUUGCAUCAUGAUUGCUCCCGUUAGUGAAACAAUAAAGAUAAUAUCUCUGCUGUUCACCAGACACAAAGGGGGGAAAAAAUACACAAUUUAUAUUGAUAGGGUAUAUGUUACUUAACAAUUCUAUAAAUUUGCACAUGUGUAAUAUGCCAAUUUGUAAGAUUCAUCAGAAACUGUGAUAAGUCUACUUUGGAAUUUAACUUUUUUUUUUUUUAAUAAAUAAUACUUUUCUAGAAUUGUGUGUUUGGACUUCCUAAGGAAUUAUCAAAUCUUAAAACAAGAAAACUAUUGAAAGGAAAUGUGUACCUUUGAGUGUUAUGGUUUUAUAUUUGUUUUAAAUGAAACUAUGUUUACUUUGUAAAUACAAACUAAAAAUUGUCACAUUCAUUUGUUUUGGCUAACCUUGCAAUAAUGUAGACUAAUUCAAUUGAAAAUGUUUCAUAUUCAAGUGUAUGAAGGCUAUAUAGACAUAGAAUGUCAAAUGACAUUGAUUUUAACCUCAAUAUUUCUUUUAUUGCAUUAUUACUUGUAAGAACAAUUUAAUAUCAUUAAAUGUUUUAUUUUGUUA